AUGGGCUCUACACUCAACCUUCCCGACUAUGACGAUCUGCCACCAGUCGAGGGCAUGCCAAAGGGCUGCGCGUGGGGAAUAUUUGACAAAAACGGAGAAAGGGAUAUCUACGGCACGCUAAACCUGCUCACACCAGAGGUCAUCAAAGCAGCCGGGGCGGAGGUCCGAGACGGAGUGUCCAUCUCUCUGAACUGGUCUUUGGAUGGCUUGUCAAAGUCCGAGAUCCCAGGACGCAAGAAGCUCGUCCACAAAGUCCACACCCUCCGGUCCUCCAAGCUGUGCGACGCCAUAGGCUGGGACGACGAGCUGGAGUUCAACACGCAAAACAGCAGCCAGUGGGAUAAAGACAUGUCCGUCAAGUCCACGGCGGAGAACAAGAUGCCCACCAUUGACCACUGGCAUACCCGAGGCGGCGUGGUCGGCCGCGGCGUCUUGAUCGACUACGUCUCCUAUGCAGAGGAGAAGGGGAUUUCGUAUCACCCUUUUGGCGGCAACCGCAUCACCGUCCAGGACAUCGAGGCGGUCGCUGCGCAUUACGGCGUCAAGUUCAAGCACGGGGAUAUCUUCCUCAUCAGGCUCGGCUCGACGGAGUUCAUUGACAGCAUCAAACCGGAGGACAUGGGCGGCGCAUCGAAGAUCGCAGCCAUGUCUGGUGUUCACGGCUGCGAAGAGACAGCCCGGUGGUUCUGGAACAAACAUUUCUCUGCUGCCGUUGCGGACUCGAACUCCUUCGAAGCGUUCCCGCCUGUGAAUCCUGAUGGUAGUGUCGCUGGUAUUUCGGGUCUAGUUCUGCACUACUACUUCUUGAGUUUCUUCGGUAUGCCCAUCGGCGAGUUGUGGGAUCUGAGCCGUCUCGCGGCGCACUGCAAGAAGACUGGAAGGUAUUCCUUCAUGCUCACAUCUGCACCUCUGAACGCACCAUGCUUAGUUGGCUCUCCGCCAAAUGCCAUCGCCAUUUUCUGA